UGUUACCCGUGGACCCCAUGUCAGUAGCCAAUUAAACUUCGCCACAGCGAAGGCCACACGCACUUUGCCACAGGGAGAGGAUCCGCCACCAAAAGAAUUUUAAACCGCGGGCGCCUAUAAAAGCCAAAGUGGAAUCCGCCCGCCCCCUGGGAUCUGCUCGCUCUCUCCUCUCUCUCUGAGCUCUCCCUUGAACCCCAACCCCCUCUCUGCGAUAAAAAACCUACGGUUUCUCUGUCAAGAAUCUAGGGUUUCUUCCCCUUUGUCUUCUCUCUCAAACUCUAGAAGCCAAGGAUCGAGGAGAGAAGUUAAUGGCGGAGGCGCUGGGAGGACGGAAGAGGAAACGUAGAGGCGAGGCCAAAGCCUCGGGGUUGGGGAACGCCGAGAGCGUGGUCAAGACCGCGGAGCAGCGGAAGACAAGAUCGGCAUCAAGGGAGGAAGUGGCAUUGGUGGCUAGGCCCGUGAGGGAGAGAAAGCCCGUGGAUAGGUUCGUGGCGGGGGCGCCGCAGCCGCGGAAGGUCGGGGAAUCGAUGGCAUUUUCUAUUGAACAGGCAAAAGAGAGGGCAAAAGUUAAAGAAUGGCUUGCUAAGUGUAAUAAAGAAAGAUUGCUGGUUUUAUGUGAGUUGCUUAACGUCCCUGAUGCAAAAGCCACUACAAAAAAGGGAGAAAUCUCAGCCAAAUUACUGGAAUUUUUGGAAUCUCCGCAUGUUACCGGAAGAGAUGUACUUACUGAGAAUGUAGAGAGAGGCAGAAAAUGCAAGAGGAUCAAAGAGUCUAGUCAGAAGGCAUCUGGAGAAACACUUCCUAAUACAAAAAAUAAGGAAGCGAUGAGCGAUAGGGAGUGCGAGACCUUGGCAAAUAUGGCUGUUAGGAUAAGAGGAGCAAGAGGAGCAAGAUUGACGUCGGGGGAAGCUGACAAUCAACCAGUUGAGUGGGCUCCUGACGCACCGGCCACACAGACGGACAUUGCUGGUGUAUGUCAAGUGGUGGCUCAGCUUAUCCAAUAGCAGGCACAGACUGCUCCUCGACCGACAUUAUCUAUGGGGUCAUAC